UCAAAAAUUCUAUAUGUAUUUCAAAAGUUUACAAAAAAUUUACAUGAUUUGCUAAAAUUUUAACAAAAAAAAGUGAAAGGAUUUAAUAAAAAUGCAGCAAUUUAAGAGUUUGCAAAAAAGUUUAUUUAUUUGGUCUAACUCUGAUAACUUGGAAAAACAGGUGGAUCAGCUAAAAACAGCUACUGGAGGUGAAGUUUUAGUGGAAAAUAUUAAUCGCCUAACAUUUGCCUCACAUGCUAAUGCCUCAUUUGAUUUAAUUGUGGUGGAAAAUGCCCAACUCACUGAUGCCUUUGGUAAAUUAUUACAAUUAUUAAAACCCAAAGGCAAAUUGCACCUUUUAACAUUUGUGGGCUCCAGCGAAAGUUUAUCACAGGAGCUGAAAUUAUCGGGAUUUAUAAAUACUCAAGUAACAGAUUCUACCAUAACCACUGAGAAACCAGGCUAUGAGACGGGCUCAGCGGUAAAAUUGUCAUUUGCCAAAAAAUCCACCACAAAACCGGCAGCUGUUUGGAAAAUUGAUGGCGAUGAAGAAGUGGAAGAAGACUUAAUCAAUGAAGACGAUUUAUUAGAUGAAGAAGAUAAAAAGAAACCAGACCCAGAGUCUUUAAGAGUUUGUGGCACUACUGGCAAACGUAAGGCCUGUAAAGAUUGUUCCUGUGGCUUGGCCGAAGAGUUAGAAGCUGAAAAAUCUAAAACUAAAGUUGAAACACAAAACGCCAAAUCCAGUUGUGGCAGUUGUUAUUUGGGUGAUGCUUUCCGCUGUUCCACUUGCCCUUAUUUGGGUAUGCCCGCUUUUAAACCAGGCGAGAAAGUACAAUUGGCCGGAAAUCUUUUAAAUUCCGAUAUUUGAUUUAAAGCAAGACUCGUUAAUGUUUAUACUUAAAGAUUUUUCUAAAAAUAAUUCCAAAUACACUGAAAGAAACGUAAA